AUGAUUGCUUUGAACAGCGACUGCAUGACUAUGGUGAGAAGAUGUCUUCUGACGUUCAAGCCCUUCAGGAUUUUUGUGGCGGGGAUCGGCUUCUUCAGCCUCUGCUUCUUAAUGACCUCUCUAGGGGGCCAGUUCUCGGCCAAGCGGCUCGGGGACUCUCCCUUCACCAUCCGGACUGAAGUACUGGGUGGGCUGGAGUCUCGUGGAGUUCUGAGGAAGAUCAGUGACAUGCUGGAGAUCAUUUUGAAGAGAAUCGACGCUCUGGCCAAACUCAGCAACACCAGUGAAAGUCAUAGGCUGGAGGAGCUCAGCUCUGCUCUCGACAGGUUCCAGCCAGUGGGGCUCGUGGAGCGGAUUCAGGCCAUCGCUCAGAAUGUAUCUAACAUGGCUGUGCGUGUGGAGCAGAUCCUGCGUCACACUCUGCUUGUCAUAUCUGCAGGGAGAGACGGAAUGGCGGGCCAUUGCGAAGUCCCAAAGGAUCCUGGGUACCCAGACUGCGCCAGUAAAGUUGAUUGGAUGAGAGCCAGGUGGACGUCGGACCCCUGCUAUGCUUUCUAUGGAGUAGAUGGCUCUGACUGCUCCUUCCUCGUCUACUUAAGUGAGGUGGAGUGGUUCUGCCCCCCACUGGGCUGGAGGAACCACAGCAGCCAACCCACAGUCAGCAGCACACCAAAGAAACAGGCAGUGGUUCGUUCUGACCUGGGUCCACUGCUGGAGCAAGUGGGUUCAGGGAAGGAGUCUCUGAGCUUCAUGAGAAGGAGAAUGCGCAGGCUGGCCAUGCAGUGGGCCGUCGCAGCUCGCAGACUAGAUGAGCGUCUGCGUAGCCGUCAGAGGCAGCAGAAGAGGGUCCUGGUGCAUGUGGGUUUUCUGACAGAAGAAUCUGGGGAUGUGUUCAGUCCUAAAGUGCUGAAAGGAGGGCCGCUGGGGGAGAUGGUGCAGUGGGCUGAUAUUCUUACAGCCCUUCAUGUGCUGGGACACAACCUCAAGAUUUCAGUCUCCGUCAAAGAGCUGCAGGGGUUCCUUGGCGUUCCCCCAGGAAGAGGAAGCUGCCCGCUGCGAGGCCCGCUGCCCUUCGACCUCAUCUAUACUGACUACCACGGACUGCAGCAGAUGAAGCAGCACAUGGGCCUUUCACUCAGGAAGCACAAGUGUCACAUUCGAGUGAUUGACACGUUUGGCACAGAGCCAGCGUAUAACCAUGAAGAAUAUGCUACGCUACAUGGCUACAGGACCAACUGGGGCUACUGGAACCUCAACUGCAGGCAGUACAUGACCAUGUUCCCGCACACUCCUGACAACUCUUUCAUGGGUUUCGUGGCUGAAGAAAUGAACCAGACCGAGAGGCUCAACAUUCAGCGAGAGAAAGUCAACAACAUGGCUGUGGUCUAUGGCAAAGAGGCCAACAUGUGGAAGCUCCAGGGUAAAGAUAAGUUCCUCACCAUCUUGCACCGCUACAUGGACAUCCAUGGAACAGUCUACUAUGAGGCCCAGCGACCUCCAGAAGUACCUGCCUUUGUCAGGAACCAUGGCCUGUUGCCCCAACAUGAGCUCCAGCAGCUCCUUAGAAAGGCCAAGCUUUUUGUAGGAUUUGGCUUUCCUUAUGAAGGUCCUGCUCCUUUGGAGGCCAUAGCCAAUGGCUGCAUUUUCCUGCAGCCCAAAUUCCAUCCACCCCGCAGCUCUCUCAACAACGAGUUCUUCAGAGGGAAGCCCAUGUCCAGAGAGGUGUCAUCUCAACAUCCCUAUGCUGAACAGUAUAUCGGCAGACCCCAAGUCAUCACAGUAGACUACAACAACUCGGAGGAGGUCGAGGCGGUCAUCCGGGAAGUCCUGAAAGCCAAGGUAGAGCCUUUCUUGCCAUAUGAGUACACCUGUGAAGGAAUGCUGGAGAGAGUAAACGCUUACAUCCAGCAUCAGGAUUUCUGUCACCUGGAUGGACAUUUUCCCUCAGCCAAUGACUCCAAGCUAUGGCCUGGGAAUCCACCCAGCCCUUUCGUCCUCCUUCCUAACUCCACAGUUGUGGUGUGGGCCCCAAACGUCACAGCUCCAGCCUGCUGGCCCCCUCUCAGUGCCCUCAGGCUGCUCCUGGCUCGUGAGGCUUUCUCCUGUGUGAAGACAUGCCAGGACUCGGGCCUGGUCUGCGAGCCUGCCUUCUUCACUUUCAUCAACAACAUGGAGGCCUUCAAUGGGCUGGACGUCCAGUGCGAGGCGCUGGAAGCAGAGAUGAACCAUGUUUUCCCAGCUGUGGCUGUGGAGAGGAGAGAGUGUUUCCUGCAGAAGGAGCCGCUUCUGUUCAGCUGUGCUGGGGUCAGCACCAAGCACCGCCGCCUCUGUCCCUGUAGAGACUACCUUCCAGGCCAGGUGGCGCUGUGCAGGGACUGCCUAUGA